AAGCACAGAGAGCUUAAUUUGUUCUCGAGAGAGGUAUUCCGUAUUCAACGAAGAGGGAAAAACCUACGCACAGUACACACAGAUAGGGCUUUGCAAAGGUUCUCAGGUUUGCUGCAGAGACGAGAUGGGUUGCAACUUAGAAGCAUGUGCAGAGUGCACCGAGAAUUGUCUAUUGAUUCAUGGGAAGAAGAAUGACCCGUCACCCACCAUUACCUCGUUUUUUAAAGUCAUGAUUGGCGAUGAUUUUUCUAAAGUUAUGUUCUUGCCUCCUAAAUUUGCUCGAACUGUGUCAGCUUUGGUUGGUCAGAAAACUCAUCUCGAGGAUGCAAUUGGGCGGCGUUGGAUAGUAACAGUAUCCAAGAUUAAUGGCUCCAUUGCCUUUCAGAAGGGAUGGCAUGGUUUUUCAUUGGACCAUGAUCUGGAAGUUGGGGAUUUCUUAGUAUUCAAUUACAUCAAAGGAUCCCAUUUUGUUGUUCAAAUAUAUGGGAAAACUGGGUGUCACAAACCAGUUUUCUCUGAAAAGAGCCAUGGACGUAAUGGUCCAGCGGCUGAAGCAAUUGAUAUUGGUGUGGCUGAAGCAGUUGAAAGUCGGGUAGCAUCUUCUGAAACAUCACACUUUUCAAUGAAUUCAAGAAAUGAUGAUUCUGCGAGAAUGGAUAAAAUAAUAUUCAUGUCUAGAAAAGAUUCUGGCAGUGGAAAUACCUCUGGACAUCUCCUGGAUACAUCUGCUGCAGAAGCUGCAAGAAAUAGAAAUAGCCAUACUGAGAUGUCGAAUAUGGUUAUAAAAGAAUGCCAGAAUGCUAAGAAGAAGAGAGUUGCACGAUCAACAGGCAGUCAUGGAGUGUUUCAGAAGGAAGGUACUUCCCUCAUGGAAGGUAGUCCAAGUGUCCUGCAGAAAUAUACUGGAUCUUCAGAGUUCUGUGACCUUCCAGUCUCUAUUGCAAUGCAGAAUUGUCAAUUUGGUAAAAGGAUGCAAGUGGUUGAAAAAGAGAGAGAAAUGUGCAGUCAUGAGGAGACGAGACAUGGGAGGCAACCAAAGGUCAUCAAUGAGUGCGGGCAAGGUUCAAGUUCAGCUAUAAAAGAUAAUAAUAAAGGAGACAAAGUGUUGAAAACUGAACCUGUUGAUUCGAUUGUUUUUUCCUCACUGGGUGCCACCAGUUCGGUGGUGGGAGAUGGUCAAUCAUUUCUUGAGUUGCCAACAAGUUUACCAUCAAUUUCAUUCAAGGGUAGGACAGUAGUGGACAAUAAGAAUUUUGUAUUCCUUCGAGAUCCAGUUUCAAGAUUGUGGACAGUUCUAUACCAUGAGGAAUAUGGUUUCAAAGUUCUGGGAAGUGGGUGGGAAGGAUUUAGCAAAGCAAACAACCUUCAACCGGGAGAUCAAUGUGUUUUCAGUGUUGAAAAUGCACUCGAGUGCAUUUUCAGAGUCGGUAUUCUGAGGAAGUAAGAUGAUUUUCAAACCCUUCAACUUCAUACAGCGACGAGAUUGGGAGUGUGGGGAGCGCAAACAAGCACAGCAACAGCCACAACCCCAUCCUUCAAUCCAAGCUGCAAGAACUCAGGAAACAGUUCCCUCGUGCUGUUAUCAUCUAUGCUGAUUACCGGAACGUCUACCAAACAAUCAUGAAGAAUCCAAGAAAAGUUGGUUUCAAUGAGCUCUUCAAAGCUUGCUGUGGAUCUGGUGGUGGGACGUACAAUUUUGAUGUGUUUGCUGCGUGUGGUUCUCAGCCCUCCAUUCAGUUACUUGUUAAGCAGGAAACAGAAAUCAGGAUGAACUGAUUACCAUCAUAUUAGAUAUGGAGUGUUGGUAGUAGUUAGAAAAAUGUAGCAACGAAGUUGAUAUGUAUAUUAACUAUUUAGUAGAAGGUCUUAUUGAUUUUCUCAUAUAUAAAAGAAUUAGAACAUUCGGAUAGGGAGCUUCAAACAUGGGCAUACUUACUUGGGGAACUGUUCUACCAACUAGGUCACUGGUAAUGUCCGAACAUUCAGCAACUAUACGAAAGGAAUAUCAAGACUAUAACAAUUGGUACUUUGGAGACACCUACUUUUAAAUUUCGAGGGUCAUGUGAUCGAUAUUAUUUUGAGCAUCCAUUAGCUUUGCUUUACUAAUACCAUCUUCUAAUGUUUAUCUACAAUGUAUUUUUUCUACUAUUGAUGAUUUUUUUUUUUUUCCUUGCUUAUUACAGGUGGUUUGCUACUAUCAAAUAUUAGAAAACCACCGUUUAUACUCGGUUAUAAAAUUAGCUUUCUUCAUAUUUUUAUUUUUUUUAUAAUAUUUCUAAGAAUUCUCUAUACACAAAAUAAUUACAAAAAAAAAUUUAACAAUAAUUUGAUUGGUCUGAGACCAUCACAUAUUCCAUCUAAAAAUUCAAUCUCCCUACCAACACUUUUGCUC